AUGGCCGACUUGUCGGAGUUUGUUGUAAACACGAAAAACCCUGUACUCGUCGCUCCCAAGUCAGAAACUCGAAAGGGACUUCAUUAUCUCUCAAAUCUCGAUCAGAACAUCGCUGUCAUGGUCAAAACGUUAUAUUACUUCAAAUCGGAGUCAAGAACCAACCAAAAAUCCUACAAUGUGAUAAAGAAAUAUCUCUCUGAGAUUCUUGUUCAUUACUACCCUAUCGCCGGAUGGCUGACCCCAGAAGGGAAGAUCGCAGUGAAUUGCACUGGUGAAGGAGUAGUGUUGGUGGAAGCUGAGACUAGUUGUUGGAUAAAUAUGAUUAAAGAGACAAUCUCUGAGAAUAGAAUGGAGAUACUCAAGAAAUUUGUUUACGACAUUCCUGGUGACUGAAAUAUUCUUGAGAUUCCCCCGGUGAUAACUUAGGUGACAUUUUUCAAAUGCGGCGGUUUUGUCCUAGGACUAGGCAUGAGCCACAACGUGUUUGAUGGAGUCGCGGCUUCGGAAUUUCUCAACUCAUGGUGUGAGACGGCCAAGGGCUUCCCCUUAACUGUCCCACCUUUUUUGAACCGUACCAUUCCCCGGCAACGAAACCCAUCCAAAAUCGAGUUCCCACACAAUGAGUUUGCGGAAAUUGAAGAUAUUUCUUGAAUCAGUAAACUCUACGAUGACGAAAAACUUGUCUACAGAUCGUUUCUCUUUGAAUCCCAAAACCUAGAGAAGCUCAAGACCAUGGAAAUUGAAGAAUAUAUUAAUGAUAACAAUAAGGUUACAACAUUUCAAGCCUUAACCGGGUUUCUUCGGAAAUCACGGUGUGAGGCGCUAGGGUUUAAACCAGACCAACGGGUUAAGCUUCUCUUUGCUGCUGAUGGACAGUCAAGAUUCAUCCUACCUAUCCCGAUAGGAUAUUGCGGGAACGGGAUUGUGUUAAUCGGUUUGGUGACUUCAUCUGGAAAAUUGGUUGGAAAUCCUCUUUCUCAUUCGGUUGGUCUAGUUAAGAAAUUGGCUGAGUUGGUUACUGACGGUUUCAUGAGAUCAACUAUUGAUUACCUGGAGAUGAAUCAGACCCAUCCGAGUUUGAGAGCCACACUUCUGAUCACAUCAUGGUCGAGAUUGACACUGCAUAUUGGAUUCGGAUGGGGCAAACCGAUUUUCUCUGGACCGGUCGGUUUACUAGGGAAAGAAAAUGAAAGGCUAAGACAAGCCAUCAAACAACUCUCCAGAAAGGCAUUCUCAUGGUGGAAAAGAGUACAUUCUGCACAAGGUAAAAGUCCAGAAGAGGUUGUCACCAACUGGGAAGAUCUUAAAGAUGUCAUGAUCAGGAAAUAUGUGUCAUCACGUCCCUCACCAGAAGUCAGAGAAAGAUACCCAAGAAGGUUUUCAAGCGAACGGGUCAUGAUCAGGAAGUAUGUGACUACACUUCGCACGCAAGAAACCAGAAGAAAAUAUCCAAGGAGAUUUUCAAAUGGUGUGUCCAAAGAGGCAAAGAAAGUUGUGCCAAAAGAAGGCCAUAAAAGCUUGAUCCAACAAGACCAGAUUCGGCCAAGCCAGAGACACACGACUAUGUAUGAUCAAUACCAACCUGAUGAGGAGGUCCAUGGAGAAGAAGAGAUUUGUCGGCCAAGACACGUUGACCAGACCCAGAGAAAAAUCAGACAAACCGAAAUCUCAAGCAAAGGCUAUGGUCCUGAGGUCCAGAAAGACAAGAUCUCAAUAUCCUUGUUGGAAUCAAAAGUUGUCCAUAAUUUAUGUCCAAGGAAUAAAGAGAUUCCAAACCAAAAGAAAGAAGAAGAAACAAGCCAAGGUAUUGAGGAACCAAACGAAGAAGAACCAUCAGUAGUAACAUACGUGAUGGACCAGAAGAUAGUUCAAGAUACAAAGCUGUCCAUGUUGCUUAAAGAAGCAAAACCGGUCAUAAGAGUAUCCCACCAAAGUUAUAUAGUUUCGAGGUAG